ACAAGAAAGAGAGAGAGAGAGAGAGAAAGAAUGAGAGAGGGGAGAAGCGAUCGAGGGCUCGUCGCGACGGAUUCUCUCGCGCUCUUCUCCCCGUAGAUGAUUCACGAGCGAGCGAUAAUAUCAAUGCGGUUCUUCUUCAGUGCCAAGACGUGCGAUAGAGUGUUUCCGGUGUAAUCCGCAUAUAUAUAUAUAUAUAUAUACAUAUACGCGACGUAAUAGUACACGCGACCCCCAACCACGGUAUCGAAAGGGUGCGAAUGAAGGGUGUCGUGUCGGAUCGCCGGAUUCGCGAAAAGAUGGCAAUCGCCGCUUCGGAGAAUUAUCAACUCAAGUGGCACAGCUAUGGAGCGCAUCUGCAUAGCUCCGUCGCGACGCUGCUUCAUUCGGAGUCCUUUGCGGAUGUUCUAUUGGCCACGUCCUGCGGCCGGCACGUGGCAGCUCAUCGGUUCGUCCUCGCGGCCUGCUCAUCGUACCUAAGUCACAUUUUCCAGACGUGCCACUUUGGCGCGAACACCAAUGCUCCAAUAAUCGUGGUACUUCCUACAGAAAUUGGAUACCGUACGCUAAAAAUCCUGAUACAGUACAUGUAUAGUGGCGAAGCUACUGUGACGAAUGAUCAGCUGGAGGGAGUCUUGAAAGCUGGCGAUAUAUUGCGUGUGCGUGGACUGUGGAGAUCGAACACCGGUAGUAGCAAGAAGGAAAACAUACAGUCGAACAAUCAGAAAAUUGAACGUGACAAACGGGAACCGUCGCAGCUGACCGGGCAAAUACAGAAAAUCAAACUGGUACAACCGAGUACCGAGAAAAUAGUUGAGAACGCGCAACAGGCGGCCACGGCAUGCCAAAAUAAUGUACAACCCUCGAAGCCAGUUGAGAGGAAGAGCACAGAGAAGAUCAUCGAAGAGAAGACCAACGAAUCCGACGCCAAGAAGAUUUUAGAGGAAAAUAAAAAUAAUGAGCAAAAUAAAAACAAGGAGAAUCUCGAGACGAACGGCAAGAAGAAGAAGACUGUUAACAGUGACGUCGAAUCGAACAAGUCGAAGAGCGAAGGUGGCGAAAACACGGAACUAAAUUUGGAGUUAUUAGUGAAGGAUGAGCCGAUUGAUUGGGAAGAGACGAUCGAUCCGUCGGAAUCGCUUACGAUAGACCACGAGAUUGAUAUCAAACCAGAGAUUGUGCAUAGCGCGGACGAAGAUGGAGAUAUGGAAGAAGAGGAAUAUACACCAUUGACAUGCGAUAUGUGUAGUCAAACGUUUAACAGACCAUCAGAUUGGGUGAGACAUAUAGAAUUCACGCACGCUGAUAUGACUGAAAAUCGAAGAAAGAAACGAAAGGACGACGUGAAUGACGAUAGCAAGGACUUCCCACCUCUGAAAUGCGAUCUAUGCGGCAACAUGUAUUCCACGCCGCAGGAGUGGGUACGUCACAUACAGACAGAGCACACGGAGGAGCAGCUGGCCUUGAUGAACAAUUCGGCGCCCCCUAAGCCGAAGAGGGUGCACAAUCACCAAAAAUUAUGUAACAUAUGUCAAAAGGAAUUCCCAAGCCAUGCCUCCAUGGUCAUCCAUCAGCGAACGCAUACGGGCGAGAAACCAUUCCUCUGUUCCUACUGCAAAAAAGGCUUCAAUGUAAAGAGCAAUCUAUUGAGGCAUUUAAGAACUCUGCAUGAUAAAUACGUACAUCCCAGCUUAUAUGGGAGUAAUGGUAGCACGAACGCUUAAAGGCCCUUCACAUUCCUUUUCGAAAAGUAUACAUAUAGAUAUAUAUAUUUCUGUUUUGCAUGGCGUCUCAGUCGUGGAGAGACUAUACAGUAUCUUAUCUAUGUUCAAUAUUAUGUCUACCUAGACUGAACGCGUAUCUAUAUAACGUAUAAAAGGAUGCCAAAUCGGAGCGUGAUGUGACAAGGAACUAGUAAAAAUCGAGAUCUGUGUUGUAAUCUCCACUGAAAAAGCAUAACUGAGCGCAUUUAAAAAAUUCCCAAUGCAUAUUGGAGAGAAAUCUAUAAUACAAACUAUUUUUUCUAAAAAGGGUAGAAUUAUCGCGUUCUUUAUAACAUAAUAAUCUUCUUUUUAAUCGUGUAUAAAAAAUAUAUAAUAGAACUCCUCUCUCGUUAAAUAAUUUUUGAUUGAGUUAAAACAAGAAAGCAAUAUCAGGGCUUUAAUACCAAAGAGGCUGAUUAAUAUUGCCAAAACUCUCAUUUUGUUGUGUUUUCAACUGUUUCUCUUCUUUUCCUCUAAUGUAGAACACACAUAAAAAAGUUACUAAUUUAAAAAGAAACUUUUUCUUUAAGUACAAGGAGAAUAAAUGUGUGGUGAAUGAUUUUACUACUUAUAAAGAUCUGUCGAUCGAGGAGUGCUUGCGUGUAAAAUAAUUCUAUAGUAUAAAUCGAUAUUUACCAAUUAAUUAAUUAUUUAGAGUAAUUAUACGAGAAAUCCAAAUUAUGUAAGAUUUAACUAUACUUCUAGGCUAUUCCAUCCAUGAUAGCCCUUUCAUUCCCUCAGCUCGU